UUAGUUAGCGUAGUUUAGCUUUAUGUAGAUCAAGAAAAAUGAAUUGGUUUCCUCCUUCUGUGGUUUUGCUCAUUAUGGACAGGAUGUUGUUCGCAAAUAGUCAACAAACGCAUCUGCGUAUGCAGCAACAGAUAUUAAUGCAGCAGCAAGCUCAACAGCAGCAACAGCAACAACAGCAGCAGGCUCAACAAGCACAACAACAACAGCAGCAGCAACAACAACAACAACAGCAACAGCAGCAUCCUCAACAACAACAGCAACAACAGCCAUCCGGUACUCCACAACAACAGCCUGGUCAGGUCCAAGCACCAUCACAAUCACAGCCUCCUCAUCCGCCACAACAGAUACCACAGCACGCGAUGGAUGCCACUGGACGGAGUUUUGCCAUGUCACAACCAGGGAAUGGACAACCACGAGCUGUAGGGAAUCCAGCGGCAAUGGGAUUGACAGGUCCUGGUGUGCCAGGACAAAUGGUGGGCAAUAUGCAGAAUCCGAAUGUGAUGGGGAGUGCUCCAUUCAAUGGUGAUGCAAUGAACCUUAUGAUUGCACAGCAAAUGAUGAGCAAAGGCCAGAUGCCUUCAAACCUGACACAACAUCAACAGAGGCUCCUCUUCAACCAACGUCGGUUAGCACAGCAGCAACAACAACAGCAGCAGCAGCAGCAUCAUAUGCAACAACAUAUGCAAUCACAAGGCAUGCCUCCCAACAUGAAUCCUGCCACCAUGGCUGCUACUACGACCCAACCCAUGCCGAUGGCUGUUGCUGGAUCUCCACAGGAUCCGGGUAAACCUCGAAACAAUGCGGCCGCCAUGGCAGCGUAUCAACAGCAAAUGCAGCAACAGAUGAUGCGACAACAACAGCAACUUACUCCUCAACAACAGGCCCAACAAGCUCAGCAACAACAACAACAGCAGCAACAGCAGCAGCAGCAGCAGCAGCAGCAAGCUCAAGGCCAUCCUUCCAAACGACCCCGCCCCAAUCCCGAUAACGAACCUAGCACACCCCUCACCCACCAAUCCCCGCAAAUGAACAAUGUUGGUAGCCCGCAAAGUGUACUUCAAGGACGAAACAACGCACAGGAAUCACCUGCUAUGCAAAUGCAGGGAAGAUUACCUCAGCAACAACAACAACAACAACAGCAAACAACUCCUCAACAGCAACGCGCAGCGUUUCCUCCCCAGCAAGACGUGAAAGCAAGCACUUCACCACAAGCCAAUCGAAGUAAUCCUCCUGGAAAACAGACACCACAACCUCGCUCCACGCCUCAACAAUUAUCACAACAACAAACUACGCCUCAACAACAGCAACAACAGAUACCAAAUCAACAACAACAGCAAAGAAUGGCAUGGAAUCCAAAUAUAGAAAUGGACUCGUCACCAAGUAUGUCAAAUGUUAAAACCGAAACAAUGCAAUCACCCGCAACGGUAGCAGGUGCAUUACCACCGAACUCUACACCAGCUGGUAAUAACAAUGCUGCCGCUGCACAAGCACAAGCGGCUCAAGCACAAGUAGCUCAAGCUCAAGCUCAACCGCCAAUGUCAUUUGACUUGGAGCGAUUCAUGAUGAGCGACGUGUCGGACUUGAAUGACAUUUUUGCAGGCACCGAAGAUGGCGCUGAUCAAGGCUUCAUGAUUGGCGAUGGCAACGAUUUGGAUGGUUUCGGGAGUAGUUUUAUAGCCACCAUGGGCAACAUUACUGGCGUAGACAAUUCUUUGACAUUACCGACCUCGGGACCCUUAUUACAGCUACACGGAGAACUGCAAGGUCACACGAGCAAAGUACUGACGUGCGCCUUUUCUCCGAAUGGACAGUAUUUGGCAAGUGCAGGGCAGGACAAGCGCGUCAUGAUUUGGGGUGUGCAAGACCGAAGGAAACUGAGUGCGUUGGAAGGCCAUACGAACAAUAUUAAUUGUGUGCGUUGGAGUCUGGAUGAUCGCAAUUGGGUCGCGACAGGAUCGAUGGAUAAGAGUAUACGGGUGUGGGAUGUCGGCGCCGUGUUGAAUGGAAGUGCGGCUUCUGCCAAAGAGAUUGUCAAGUUUACGGGCCGGACGUCGAUUACCGCUGUGGAUUUUGCGCCAGGUCGACAGGAUAUCAUUUGUUCGUUGGAUGCAGAGGGUGAGCUCAAUGUAUGGAAUAUCAACUCCUCAAAAUGCGAAAAGACCUUAAAACUGCCAAUGUCGAACAUGGCAUACUCCCAAAACCCACUGCGGUUCCAUCCCCGCGAAGGCAACAUGGUCGCCUGUGCCAACGGAAGUCAGCUCUUCCUAGUCGAUCUCGCUUCGGCCAAAUCAGGCAGCAGUGGGGCGUCCGAAGGCAUCAAGACGAUCCAUACCGAAGACUCAAAAUACAUCUGCUCCGUGGAUUGGUCACAGGACGGCAACUAUCUUGUCACGGCAUCCGAAGGACUUAUUGCACUUUAUGAUACAUUGCACUGGAAGAUGAUUUCGGCCCAGUCGAUACAGGCCAAGGUCAACAGCUGCGCGUUCACGCGAGGGGACAUGUCGGAUAAAAUGAGGGUUGUGUAUGGCGAGUACGAGGCGAUCUAUAUUUGGGAAUGUGGCAUUUCAGCAGGCGGCGCCCAACCAAAGCGUGCAGGCUCACAAUCAGGAACAAUAGCAGGCAUCGCAUGUGCAGUUGUGGACAAUACCCAGGUUGUUGCAUCUGCCAGCAAUCACGCCAAAGAAAAUUUAAUGCUGUGGACCUUAUGAUUCUUUAUAUACAUUAUACAUAUAGUACUACUCUUUUCUUUACCCCAACCCCCCUUUUCUCCCUCUCUUUUUAUAUAUAAAAAACUACAACCAAACAAGCAGAGACAAGCAGUAUGUCGAUAAGUAUUUGGUAACCUUUGUAUCGAGUUCCGUGCCUGAGAGGCAGCCACGUGGUUCCUGCAGCAGAUCCGCUGUCAAUAAAUAAAAAGGACG